ACCAUUGUUCGCUUGUGUGUGAAAGCGGGACAACCAGAGUCGUUCGUCCCGAAUGCGUGCGACACGACACUUUCGGUACGGUUCGGUAAAUGGUUCGGUUCGGAAUGAAACGGAUUCUUUGCCAGCAUCCGUCCUGGCUGGCAAUCGACCAUUCGUCGGACGUCUGCUAGCGUGUCUCACAGUACGAGACUGGAUCUCGUCCCAGCAGCAGGCCGCGUUUCUCUUUUCCAGUGAUUGCUGUCGUUUCGUGUAGAAUCGUAACCAAACAACAAUACACGCACAAAAAACUUUAGUGAGAACACGUGGUGUUGCUGGUGUCCAGUGAAGCAGGCUUCAGGUGGGUACCGUUUCGAUAGUGCUACCGUCGCGGACUUCCGUACAAGGAAGUAUAACUACAAACCGCGCACGCAGGGAAGGGAAACAUUUGACGUGAAAACUCACAGAACCGCAGCCGUCGGGUACUCGAGCGGUACGGUACUGUCGCUAAGCUUGACUUCCAAGAUGAAGUGACACUUUUUCCGCAGACUUCCGGUUCAUUUGCGAUCCCUCCCGUAGACCCACAACGAAACCGAAUCAUCCACUGGUGUUGAGUAAGCUGAAAUGCAAGCAACGGUCUCGGAGGGAAACGGUCAGGGACCCAACAGUAGCAGCAGCAGCACCGGCCACAAUCACUGCUCCUCUCCGAAACCACCGCCGCCCGGUUCCUGGGCAUCGUUGAAGGCAAACGUGAUAAGAUGGCGCGGCUCGCGGAAACUGGUGCUCGUCAUCGUCGCCAUCGCACUCCUGCUCGACAAUAUGCUGCUGACCGUCGUUGUGCCAAUCAUCCCGGAGUUUCUUUACGACAUUAGACACCCGGAUGCACCGCUGGCCAGCUUUCCUAAGACACCACCAACGACACCGUGCGAGAAGGAAGUGACGACACCGUACAAUGGAAUCGAUAUCACCACGCAAGGUUACGAUAAUGCCAGUUGGUACGCGGAACGGGAGGAACGGCACAAGGAGCUGGUUGAGGAAACGGUCGAGGUUGGGCUUAUGUUUGCGUCGAAAGCAUUCGUCCAGCUGCUGGCUAAUCCGAUCGUUGGACCACUGACGCACAAAAUAGGUUACAGCAUCCCAAUGUUUGCCGGAUUCGUCAUUAUGUUUAUCUCUACUUUAAUUUUCGCCUUUGGAAGAACGUACUCCGUACUUUUCCUGGCCCGAGCAUUGCAGGGUAUCGGUUCGUCCUGUUCGUCGGUAUCGGGCAUGGGUAUGCUGGCCGAUCGCUACACGGACGACAAGGAGCGAGGCAACGCGAUGGGUAUUGCGCUCGGUGGGCUUGCCCUGGGCGUACUGAUCGGGCCUCCGUUCGGUGGUAUCAUGUACGAGUUUGUCGGUAAAUCGGCACCAUUUCUCGUGCUCUCCGCACUUGCCCUCGGUGAUGGGCUGUUGCAGCUGAUCAUGCUUCAACCGUCGGUCGUAAUCGAGGAGUCGGAUCCACCAUCGCUCAAGGCGUUGGUCACCGAUCCGUACAUUAUCAUUGCGGCCGGUGCCAUUACGUUUGCGAACAUGGGCAUUGCCAUGCUCGAACCAUCGCUACCAAUCUGGAUGAUGGACAACAUGGGUGCGAGUCGUUGGGAGCAGGGCGUCACGUUUCUUCCCGCCUCCAUCAGCUACCUGAUCGGUACCAAUCUGUUUGGUCCGCUAGGGCAUCGUAUUGGACGGUGGCUGGCAGCUCUGCUGGGUCUGGUUAUUAUCGGGUUGUGCCUGCUGUGUAUUCCGAUGGCUACCUCCAUCAACCAUCUGAUCUUGCCGAAUGCUGGCCUCGGUUUCGCCAUCGGUAUGGUCGAUUCCUGCAUGAUGCCCGAACUUGGCUACCUGGUAGACAUUCGACAUUCGGCCGUGUACGGUAGCGUUUACGCCAUCGGUGAUGUGGCAUUCUGUUUGGGAUUCGCCAUUGGUCCGGCUCUCAGUGGCACCUUGGUAAACACCAUCGGCUUCGAGUGGAUGCUGGUUGGGAUUUCGAUCCUUUGCUUCGCUUACGCACCGCUGAUGACUUUCCUGAGAGCUCCACCAACCAAGGAGGAAAAGAAGUCACUCAUCGUCGGAGAACGGUCAUCAGUGCGUUACGUCACAUACCAAAACGAGGAAGAGGAUGAAUAAAGCCGUACUAAACUGUAUUUUAAAACUUUAUCUCAUUAACCAAUAUUCAUCCGCAGAGUGUGUACACUCGACGGAACUUCAAAAUUGAAUCGCUAUUAAACAAUAACCAAUACCAAGAGACCAGGCACAUUUUAAAGACUGUUACACAAACAACGUGAAAAUAACCACACAACAAUCAAAUGUGUAUAAUACGCGAAUUUGUCUAAGCCUAACAGCAAACAAUGAUAGAACGGAACGAGCAACUGUCAGGAACAAUAAUCUGGGCCAAAUGGGAGAAGAUGAAAAAAAAACAAUAAUCACACUUGUUAUGCGAAGCACAGACACGACAAUGUACUCCUUUUGAUGAUAAUGACGAUCAUUGGUGCGUGGGUCAGAGAUGUGAAUGAUAAGCUGCGAAAGAAUGAGCCCAUGCACUUUAGUAUGUGGCUUUUUAUUUUACCAAACAGAAGCACAAAUACGCAUGUCCCGCAAAGAUUCCACCGUUUACAGCAUAUAAUGAUGUAUCUUGCUCUCGUAGUGUAACUCCAUUACUAUGAGACACUGACGAUCGAAAGAUGGAAGAAUAAACUUUAAGCUUAACAAAAACUAUAAUUACUCCCUGCAAAAUACUAAGUCAAUCGGUUUCGUCCUUGAUUUUGAUUGGCACUACAUUCGAUGCAUUUAAAUAGCGAUCGCUAGCGAAUAUGGAUCGUUAUGCGUUCAGCAGAUCAUCAACCGUCUCACAGGUUGUCAAAAGCAAUCGAAAAGUGGCAUUCAAAAGCAUCGAUCGAAAUCGACCUAGCCUGCUGCGACCAGACGAACCUACACUAAACAGGGAGUUCAGUAGUAAGGAGGAUACUCGCUCGAACGGUUUGUCUGUUUUGUUUGUGCGUAUUUCACGGUGAGAUUUUGCCGAUCGACAAUACGCAAACACGAUGAUGCGAAUCAUUCUGCGUAAGUGUUUAACGUUUGUUCGAUUGAUCGAAUCGUUAGCAACCAAUAUGUACGAAUAGGACGGAUUCCUAUUUAAGACCGAAUUCCGCAACUAUUAGCAAAUGCUGCUCCAAUGUGCUUCUCGUAAUGCUAAAAACAUCGCACCACGAAAGAAGAUACAUGAUAUCGUCUGGUAAGCAGCAUGGCUGUAUCAAUGCUGGAAAACAUUACUUUAAAAAAACACACACAUACACUAUCACAUGUUAUUUACUUGACAACUUCAAGUCAUACUAUCUAACUGUUAUACUCUUUGCACAAUAUCCUUAUCAUGUUUAGCUGUGGGAUGUUGCAAAAAUAAAAAAAAAUAAAAGAAAUCUGACCAAAAUAUGGGAAAACAAAUACGAUACCAUUUGCAUGCCCCAGCGAUGCAGAUUUGCAAUGCAAUGGGGACAUUGCUCGAGCUCUCCACUACUAAAAUGCGUUCGGUACUAAACACAACGCGCUACUAACCUUUCCUAAAGAAAAUACAGUAUAAUGCAUUGUUCGUUACCAUACGAUUGGUGUCUAUGGCUUGUAAGUCUAAUAUACAUGUAACGCAAAGCAUAUAGUAUGCAAUAUUCGCAACCAAAUACGAGUAAACAUAUGAACGAAAGACUACUUCUUGCAGAUACACCAGCUGGUAACAAUUGAAGCCCUGUGUCGUCCAACAUCGGGACACGCGGCAGUGGUGGUGGUGAUAAUCUCUUUGCGAAACUUGAAUGGCUGCAAGCUUUGCUAGACACUAUCCCAUCGCAGCUGAUAUGAACAUUUGGCACAUUUUAUAACACUUAACUACUACGUAACUAUCUUUAUAGUGUAAAAUAUUAGUUAUCGAAAAGAAAAAAAAGCAAACUAAAUCAACUAAAAUACAUUGCAGUUAAUCCUAGGACAGGUAUCAAAAGGCAAUACAAAAGGAAACUAUCAAAUACAUAACUUCACCUUUCCAUUAAAAAAGAUCACUAAUAUGGUAUCAACCUAUAAACUGAGGCAAAAUAGAAAAGAAAAUCAAACGAUUAGAACACGUUUAACUUAACAUUUAAAUUGACGAGCUGAGACAAAUAACUUACGCUACGUUAUUCUAAAGAACAUUUAUCUAUCCUCUCAUUCUUAUACUAUAUAAAGAAGAGAAAACCCACGGAAACAACAACAAAGAAAAACUCAUUGAUGAUGAUGAAUUGCUGACUCAAUCAAAAACUAACAUCAAUCGAACAUCGAUAAUGCGUUGUACAGGUUUUGUAAUAUGAUGUCAGACAUUUGCAAGCGAGAAGAAUUUCUCGUUUAGAUAUACCAUACCUCCUGCUUGUCGAAAAUUUCCCACAAAAGGACAAAAUUAGCGCGACGAUCACUACAGAAAGACAAACACACAAACAAAAGAAAACAGCUCUGAAAACAUGCAUAUUGUUGUUAAAAGAGCAAUAGACCUGCAAACCAUCAAAUCCAGCUUUCUCCAUGUAUUACCAAUUGUUGUGUGCUAAACUUUGUGUUCCGCUGUGUGCGUAUGUAUUUCUGAUUAUCUGUUGUCAAUCGUUGUGCACAUCACUGUUACAAUAGGACGGGCGAAACACAGCUGUAGAAAAGAAAAUUCGGUCCACCGUGAGCCGUGUUAUUGUGAGUUAGACAAUAACUUUUUGCUGAUGUAUCUUUGAACGAGGAAAACGUUUGAACGAAUCUUAUCCACACAUCCAAGCAUAAACGAAUGUUAUCGAACCUUCCAAACAUCCAAACGCAUUUAGUACUUGCGAUGUGCUAAAAGUGCAUAGUAAUAGCGUUACUUACUAUUAUUGUGCUUUAGUACCGCACAUCUGAAUGUAACACUGUUCAUUCGUUGAUGAUUGAUCUUACAUUUGAAAUAAUUUUGGAGCAUGAACAAAAUACUCUCCUAUGUCACUAUUCGAUUAGUUUGUAUUAAGUUAUCGCUGUUAUAUACUGUGCUAACUGAAGACUCGUGCACGCGAAACAUAUGUAUGUAUCUAAUUAACUAUCAAUACAAGGCUGGUAUGGGGUCACAGAUUCACAGAAGUUCGUAUCUAUAGGUAGACGAUCGAAUUGAAUUAAAAUCACACUAAACUACUAAACAUUAGUCCAUUAGUCGAUAGAUACUAAUGAAUUGCCCAUUGAUUUCGUGCGUUACCAAAAAGAAGUCAAACCAUAAUUUAUGUAAUGAGUAAUAAUCCCUAUCAUAAAACAAAUUGUGUUAUCAAUUCUAUUAUAGCCCACACAUUCUCUCCCUAAUGUAUACUAUAGUUUGUGUGUAAGGUUCCACAGUAAAACAAAAACACUAAUUAACCAACGCAAGUAGAAUGAAUGUCGAUGCCAUAUGAUGAAUGUUGUUAGACAUGUUUUUUAAAAUGUAAUACAAAUGAUCGGGAGCUUUAUAGUUCCGCAUAGCCCACGUGUUAAGUUCACCUUUUCAUAUGUUUUGCUCUCAUUUAGAACCUAAAACUAACAAACCUACGAUCAACACGAAUCUCUUUAAGACAGUUCAUCUAUAUUAUGCAUUUGUGCGAAAUAUAAUACAGAAUAGCUUUAUGAGUAGUACGUGAAACAAUCCACUAUCACUAACAAAUACAGAACAAAAACUAGAAUAGAAAACAGAAAUGAAAAACAAAACGCGAUAAUCGCGUACGCUCCAAACAAACGUAGCACCGCCUAACUUCGUUGUUGUAAAGCAUGGUAGUACUAAUCUACAUGUUUUUAGUGCUUUAGCGACAGAUUUUGAAUAAAGCAGAUGGUGGAAAGAGGUUAGCCAAAGUAAUACCAAUAUUUACAAGUUAUUGAAAUGCAAGAUAUUCCAUUUGUUGUACUGUUUGAUAUUCAAAUUCGACCUAGGAAUAUCAUUAAAUAUACAACUGAUCCGUAGAUUAUGCUGUCAAAGUGGAUAAAUAUGAAGGGAAAAACGAAAGAAUGUCAUAUGCUAAAGUAAUAAUUGGUAAUAUUAUAUAUAUACAAUUUAUAAUACCAAACAAAUCAUGUAGUAGAUACUCUCCAAUAUAUACAUAUAUAUAAAUAUACAACUAUAUACACUAGGUAUGGAAAGUAAGAUAUGGAUAUAUUAUAUAUGGUGAUAGGAAUCUAUAGGAACGAUGUUAUAGCGCGAUUGGCACAAUGUUUUGCAGUGGACCGUAAUGGUCCUUUUUUAACACGCGUUUAUAAGUGUAUCCAUUGCUGUGACUAAAGCAAAGACAGGAAAAUGUAACAUUUAACUAGUAAAACAGUGGUAGCUGCUGUACGUGAACAGAGGCAAACGCCUGCCAAGCAAAGCCGCUAUUAUAACCAUGCUGAUACUAAUAUGUACAAUCAAGACGAACAAAAAUGGGGAACACAGAAUAAAGUUGUUGGUGACAUCUA